CAGAAGUGUCAACAGCUCAGCAUCAAGCGUAGCAGCGGCAAAGGCAACCAGCGUAGCAGCGGCAUCAAAGCGGAAAAGCACUAAGACCCAAGGAUGUCGCAACCAACAGGCAGAGCCAGGGGAAGGGCAAGGGGAAGGGGGAGAGCUACAGCCCCACCUCAAGGAGCGGGGGCACCAAGCAUGGAUCGUCGGCCGGGAGAACAAGCACCCCCACCGAUGCAGCAGGCAGCACCCCCACAGGAGGCAUCCAGUGGCAUGCCGGUACCUGGGAGAGGGAGGUCACGUGGAGGAACGACUCAACCAGGACCUGGAGCUGUGCCCAAGCAGGAACCUAGAGGGGAGCUCACGAGUCAGAUUGCUAAGUUGGCCAUUGGAGCCAGCGGUGAAGGAGGAGUCGGGGGCGUGGUGCAGGAUAGGCGCAGGAGAAGGGACGAGAUUGAACUAGAGCCGACCACUCGACCUGAGAACUUUGUCAAGCAGGCAAUUGCUGGAGAUAAGAUUGCACUGAUCGCAAACGGCUUCAAGUUGAAGACUAAACCAGACUGGCAACUCUACCAGUACCGGGUUGACUUUGAGCCUGAGAUCCUGAACCCCAGAGCUCGUUUUGCCCUCCUGAAGGGCCACAGUGCUCUUCUUGGUAAAGGGUUAACGCUUGAUAUGGACACCAUGUAUUCUCUUUUCAAGCUAGCAGAAAAGGUAACCAACCUGAGCGCAGAGAGGAAGGAUGGGUCUAAUGUGAAUAUCUGUGUGACUCAUGUUGCUACUCUGAACCCCAUGGCACCAAACACCCUGCAUCUCUAUAACGUCCUCUUUAGAAGGUGUUUGAAGAUGAUCAACAUGGAGCAAGUUGGACGCAACUACUAUGAUCCUACGGCCGCCAUUGACAUCAAGCAGCAUGGGCUGCAGCUGUGGCCAGGGUUCGUGACAUCCAUCCUUCAGUACGAGUACGACGUGAUGCUGCUGUCUGACAUCAGCCACAAGGUUCUGCGUACCCAGACCGUCUGGGAGGUCAUGAAUGAUCUCUUCAACAAAGCUAGGGGCAGGUUCAAGGAGGAAAUCACAAAGCUCAUGAUUGGACAGAUUGUCCUCACAAAGUACAACAACAAGACCUACCGGGUAGAUGAUAUCGACUUUGACACUACUCCAGCGGAUACUUUUGAGACCCGUUCCGGACCAGUAUCAUAUGUCGAUUACUUUAAGAAGUCCUAUGAGAGGGUCAUUCACGACGUGAACCAACCCAUGCUGGUGUCUCGCCCAAAGAAGAGGGAGGAAAAGAAGGGAGUUGGUCCAGCCUACCUACCACCAGAGCUGUGCUUCCUGACUGGCCUAAGCGAUGACAUGCGCGCCGAUUUCAACGUUAUGAAGGACAUGGGCCAACACACUCGUGUUGGACCCCAAGACAGAUGUAGAACGCUCAGCGGCUUCAUCAAAAAGCUCAGCAGCAACGAAGAGGUGAAGACUUACCUAGAUUCCUGGGGCAUGGAGUUUGACAAAGAGCAGGUCAAACUGACUGGGCGUGUCCUGCCACCUGAGAAACUAUUCCAGAGGGGUAAACAGUUCAGUUACAAUCCCAGCAAUGCAGACUGGUCCAGAGACACCAGGGGUAAUGCCCUCACUGAUGCAAAGAUCCUCAACAACUGGAAGAUCUUCUACACACGCCGGGAUGCCAACAGGGGCCAGGACUUCAUCAAGUCACUUGUACGAGUCGCAAACCCAAUGGGUAUGAACGUACGAGGACCAGAAAUAGUGGAACUUCCAGAUGAUCGUACAGAGACCUACACAAGAUCCCUACAGUCACAAAUCGCACAGGAUACACAGAUUGUGGUGGUGAUCCUGCCAACGAACAGAAAGGACCGCUACGAUGCCAUCAAGAAGACGUGCGUGGUGACCCAUCCAUGCCCUAGCCAGGUGAUCGUCUCCAGGACCCUGUCCAAGCAGCAGAUGCUCAUGUCUGUAGCCACCAAGAUUGCCAUGCAGAUGAACUGCAAGAUGGGCGGAGACCUCUGGCGAGUCGAGAUCCCGCUGAGCAACCUGAUGAUCAUCGGUAUUGACAGCUACCAUGACUCUCUGACCAAAGGCCGCUCCGUCCUGGGAUUCGUCGCUUCCAUGAACAAGUCUCAAACCAGCUUCUUCUCUAGUUGUGCAUUCCAGCACGCACAGGGAGAAUUCGGUGCUAACCUGAGUACCCUCAUGAACAAUGCCCUGAAGCGAUACUAUCAGAUCAACGAGAAGUUUCCUGAGCGUAUCAUCAUCUUCCGUGAUGGUGUUGGUGACAGCCAAGUCAAUCUGGUCGUUGACUAUGAGCUCAAACAAAUCAAGGACACCUUGGACAAAGUCUACCCUCAAGGGACUGUUCACAAGCUGGCCGUUGUGGUCGUCAAGAAGCGCAUCAAUAACCGCUUCUUUGCCAAUCUGAGAGGAGGCCUGUCCAACCCUCCCCCUGGAACCGUCAUCGAUGAUGUCGUCACCAAGCCCCACCUCUAUGACUACUUCAUCAUCAGUCAGAGCGUCCGCCAGGGCUCCGUGUCCCCCACGUCCUACAACGUUGUCUAUGACACCACUGGUCUCAAGCCGGACCACAUGCAGAGGUUGACCUACAAGCUGACCCAUCUCUACUUCAACUGGCCGGGAACGGUGCGUGUUCCUGCCCCGUGCAUGUAUGCGCACAAGCUGGCAUUCCUGAUCGGGCAGAGCGUCCAUGAAGUGCCCAACAACAGACUAGCCGACACCCUCUUCUAUCUCUAGAUGAGCAGGCUUGCUCGGUCAGGCAAGCAACGGUGGCUCAACUCCUGACUCUACCAUUUGGUUAGUUUCCUCUCUUCCAUGAGAUGACUUCUUUAUAGACAGGUGGUCUUUUUUAUACAGGUGGUCGCUAAAGCAGGUUUCAUUGCAUGUGUCCAAGGACUCUCAAUGGUUGAGUGCCGUUACUCACAGAUAUGCCAGAAGGCAUUCACUGCAUUCUGUGGUACGUCACAGUUUGUUAUUUGUACAGUACUUUCAGUGUUUAUUUUAUCCGGCCAAAGAUGUGAUGAGUGACAAUCAUGGGAAGAAAGGUUUUCAAGGUGUGUCUGUGCAGG